UGCCGAAAAUUGAAGGAAAAGAAAAACCCAUAGUCAGUUAUGAAGGAGAUACAGCUGUAAUGACUUGUAAAAGUUUUGGCUAUACUCCUAUUGGUUGGACCUGGUAUGUGACCAAUGGAAGUGAACAGAUUGCCAUUAAUGACACUUUGCUGGCAGACAAGUAUGUAAUUAAUAGAAUAUCUUCCAAUGUGACACAUCUGAAGAUACUGAAGCUCACCAAGGAAGACGAUGGUGUAUAUUGGUGUGAAGCUGCUUUUGAAUUAGGGAAAAGUAAAGGAAAGCUGAAGCUUAAAGUUUUAUCCCUCAUGGUGCCUCUCAAACCCUUUCUAGCAAUCAUGGCUGAAGUUGUUAUUUUAGUAACUAUUGUUUUCCUUUAUGAGAUGUAUUCAAAAAAGAAAGAGAAAUGUGCAGAAGACGAAAAAGAAUUUGACCAAGUUGAGCAACUUAAAUCAGAAGAAAGCAAUGGUCUGGAAAACGGUGGUGCUAGGCACAGAAAAACUUAA